UCCUUCAAACUUUCAUUUCAAUAAACUUUUUCUACAAUAUUAAUUAUUAUCUGUUUUGCUCCUUUUUAUGAUUGGAUCAGAAAUUGUUAACUAACCGAUUUUUUCUACAGAAGAUGGCUGAAAAUGAAAUUGAGGAAACAUUAGAUCAGCUAAGAAGGAUAAAGAGUGGAGGUAAUAUGGAUAGCUUCGACAUUUAUCGAAUUACGGAACUUGAAAUGGUGCUAAGAGUUUUUAGAACCUGUAUAAAGUAUCAUCAUGUUCUUUUGCCUGAUUCCUUAGUCAAACUCACAAAGAAUGUCGAAAGGACUGUGCAAAUGCUUCACCGGGUAUUUGAUGGGAUUCCAGAUGAAUGUAAAACUAACCUUAACCUGGAAAGGCUAGAAUCACAUUUGUUGGAAUUCUUUGAAGGUAAAACUAGUUUAAGUUACAAUUAUGAGUUGAAUGUUUUUGAUCUGUCAAAAUAUAUGGAUUGCCUCGGAAAGAAUCUAAAUGAUGUACUGAUGAUGUGCCUGGAAGGGGAUAGGUGUAAAGGACACGGAUUUAUAAAGCAACUGAAAAUUGUUCAAAAGAAAAUGAGAUUUUUGAGAUACUUAUAUGCCACAGAGAUAAAUGGUUAUGUCGACCAUGAGAAGCUGGAAUGUUUGGAGACUCGAAUUAAGUUCAUGGCUGACAAUGUGGGACAGCUUUGUCUUGCUUAUUUUGUAGAGCAUGAAUAUAAGAAUAAACUUCCAUAUCUAUUAUGCUUGAUUAAACUAGUGGAGCUGGAAAUGAAGAAGAUUUUUCUCACUGAACUAAAGGCUUCAAAAUUUACUCAAUCAAGAACUUUCAAGGACAAGAAGUUACCAAAAGGAUUUUCACAUCAUCUCCACAGUCUGCUGGUGUAUCUCAGAAACAAAAAGCUCGAGAACUUUCCUAAUAAUGUCUCUGCUCAAAAUAUUGAUGUGGCAAUAGAGUUCUGGUUGUUUUUCCUUGAUGCUGAUGUGUCAAAUCAUGUUAUUAAUGGUAACUGGUUGAAUGAACUUAUGGAAAAGGUUGGAGCUAUAGUGGGUGAUGUUCUAUAUGUAAUUCAAAAGCUUCUUCCUAGCUCUAUAAACAAAGAUGCUACUAGCAAAAUAAGUCUCUGCUCGAUACAGAUAUUGGAGAAAACUAAAGAUCUGAAGGCACAAGUUGAGACUUACUACAAAUCCUUAAAAUUUAUUCCAUCUCAGUUCCCCACCUUUGGUGGAUUGAGCUUUCUGGAUUCUCUUUUAAGGAAACUGAAUGAGAUGUCGAAAUCUAAAUCUGGUUUAGAUUUCCUGAUGAAACCUCUUUUAGGGAAUUUCAAGAAAGAGCUAUCAUCUCUUACAUCCAUUUUAGAGAAGGAGCUGUCAUCUUUAUCAUCCAUUUUCAGAGAUGUCACAAAGGUGCACCAUGAACAUAAAAUUCUUAAAGAUCUUCAGAAACGUACCAUCAAUUUGGCAUAUGAAGCUGAGGUUGCCAUUGACUCUAUUCUUGCUCAGUAUAAUGCUUUUUUGCAUAUUUUUUGCUCACUUCCUACAAUCUUAAAAGAAAUCAAGCAAAUUAAUGUGGAGGUGACUGAGAUGUGGUCGGUGGAUGUUGCUCUUAAGCCUCACUAUGUGGUAGCGCCAGCUAAACAUCUGCCAACUCAACAUAGCAAUCCAGUGACUGAUGAGGAGAUAGUGGGUUUUGGGAAUGACACAGAAAAAAUGAUUCAGUAUCUGAUUAGAGGUACAAAUGAGCUAGACGUCGUCCCAAUUGUAGGCAUGGGGGGACAAGGGAAAACAACAAUUGCUAGAAAGGUGUACAAUAGUCACAACAUUGUUUCUCAUUUUGAUGUUCGAGCAUGGUGCAUCGUUUCGCAAACAUAUAAUCGGAGAGAGCUAUUACAAAAUAUUUUUAAUCAAGUUACCGGUUCCAACGACAAUGGAGAUAAGGAUGACAUUCUUGCCGACAUGUUGAGGAAAGGACUAAUGGGAAAGAGAUAUCUCAUUGUAUUGGAUGAUAUGUGGGAUUGUAUGGCAUGGGAUGACUUAAGGCUUUCUUUUCCAGAUGUUGGAAAUAGAAGCAGAAUAGUAGUAACAACUCGACUUGAGGAAGUGGGUAAGCAAGUCAAGUACCAUACUGAUCCUUAUUCUCUUCCAUUCCUCACAACAGAAGAGAGUUGCCAAUUGUUGCAGAAAAAAGUGUUUCAAAAGGAAGAUUGCCCGCCGGAACUACAAGAUGUGAGUCACAAAGUUGCAGAAAAAUGCAAAGGAUUGCCUCUAGUGGUUGUCUUGGUAGCUGGAAUAAUCAAAAAAAGGAAAAUGGAAGAAUCUUGGUGGAAUGAGGUGAAAGAUACUUUAUUUGACUAUCUUGAUCGUGAGUCGGAAGAAUAUAGUCUGGCGACUAUGCAGUUGAGUUUUGAUAACUUACCCGAUUGUUUAAAGCCUUGUCUUCUUUAUAUGGGGAUGUUUUCAGAGGACGCAAGAAUUCCAGUGUCUAAAUUGACAAGUCUAUGGACUGCUGAAGGAUUCGUGCAAAACAUUGAAUCUGCUGAAGAUUACUUGAUGGAUCUCAUCAGCAGUAACAUGGUAAUGGUUUCAAGAAGACGUUAUAAUGGUGAAGUCAAAGACUGUCAGGUUCAUGAUGUAGUGCUUCACUUUUGCUUGGAGAAGAGUAGAGAAGAAAAGUUUAUGGUAGUAGUGAAGGGGCAUGCUAGCCAGGUUCAACCUUUGGAUUGGAAGGGAAGUCGAGUGAGUUUCAGUUUCAGUAAAGAGCUUUCCAAGUUUGCAUCUCUGGGCGCCAAAACACCAAAACCUUUCCACCAACCCUUAAGGUCACUGAUAACGACCAAUCAAGGAGAUAUUUUUGAUAGGUUUGUCCUCUGUCAGACAAGUGAAUUGCGACUUCUUAAGGUCUUGGAUUUGAGUUCUCAUUCGGUGAAGACUUUGUCGUCAGCUACAUUCAAACCACUAAUUCUCCUGAAGUACCUCGCAGUUUUUGUAAAGAAAUUGUAUUUUCAUCCAGAAUCACAUCUGCCCCAUCUAGAAACUUUAAUUGUGGAGAAUGAGGUUAAGGUACUAUUACCAGCGUCUUUUUGGGAAAUGGAAAAAUUAAGGCAUGUUGAGAUUUAUGAUGCUGCUUUUGAGGAUAAGCAUGGGAUGUUUGAAGGAUCCUCUAAAUUGGAAAAUUUGAGGAUAUUAAGGAAGGUUAGAUUUCCGAUUGAUAGGGUGGAUGUGUUAUUAAGGAGGUGUCCUAAUCUUCAAAAUCUUCAAAUCAGUUUUCAGAACAAUAAAGAUUCUGCAGAGGCUUUUUGUCUCACAUUGGAGAAUCUUACCCAGCUUCAAACACUUCGCCUUUCACAUCGGAGAAUCUCAGUGUUACAGUUGCCUUCAAAUUUAAAGAAGUUGGUACUAUUAGGGCCUCAUAUAGAAAGUGCUAUUCCCUUCAUUGCGGGACUACCAAGCCUGGAUUAUCUCCAAUUAAAAUAUAUGUAUUCAGAAGAGUGGUGCCUUGGAGAUAUUACUUUCCAUAAACUUAAGUUGUUGAAACUGGUGCAGUUAGAAAUCUCAAGGUGGGAUGCCUCGGAGGAAUCCUUUCCCCUGCUCGAAACACUUGUUAUAAGCAGGUGUAACAAGCUCAAGGGGAUCCCCCUUAGCUUUGCAGAUAUUCUAACACUGAAACAGAUUAAGUUGAUGUACUACCGCAACAACAAAUCUCUGGAGGCUUCAGCUGUGAGAAUUAAGGAAGAAGCCGAAGCGACUGAAGGAAAUGACCGUAUUGAUAUCACUAUCGAAGUAAGUAGAAAUGUACAAACUCGUAUGUUCUGUUUUUGAGUAUCAACGUUCAUCUAUUAUGUUCAAUGCAGGAUUUCCGAGGACGGAUAAGGCGGCUGUGAAUCAAUUUCAAACUCAAACUCAUGAGGAUUUGUUUGAAUUUGACAACUGCAGCAAAAGCAGAGACAGUCUAUCGUGCGGCUUGUUUGUAACAUUAGUACCGAUUGCUAAGUUUGUACUAGGAAAUCUUUCGCUGACUUGAGGACUAUUUUGUAUCUUCCUCAAACAUAAAGGACCAAUUUUCAUAACAGUUAGCUUGGCAAAGGCCUUUGAAAGAUGCUCUGUUACUUAAAAAAAGGACGGCCCGGUGCACUAAGGCUCCCGCUAUGCGCAGGGUCCGGGGAAGGGCCUGACCACAAGAGUCUAUUGUACGCAGCCUUACCUUGCAUUUCUGCCAGAGGCUGUUUCCAAGGCUUGAACCCGUGACCUCCUGGUCACAUGGCAGCAACUUUACCAGUUACUAGUAAUGGUAUAUUCAUGUCUAUUGUACAUUCUACUUUUUGAUCUGUCAAAAUGAACAUGUUUUCCAUACAGCAUAUAUUAUGAUUAUUUUACGUCAAUAUUUCAAAUCAUAAGUA